AUGUUCAUAGUUUUAAGUAGUAAUUGCUCGAAGACAAAAGCAGUGGCAGGACCCUUCCUGUUCUCCUUCGUCAUCGAUGACAUCAUGCAAAGAACCUUCGAUCAUUGUCCUGCUCUACCACCACCAGGAAGCUGUGCCAAACUUCAACGUGGUGUCAACCUUGCAUCGAAGCUACCUGCAGCCUAUGGAUUACGUGUACGACCUGAUAAGUGCAAGCAGAUUGAUGCCGAAAAUCAGCUGCAUGGUAAGGAGCUGCUUAAACGGCUGUUUGGCUACUGGCCUAAGAUAUGGCACAAAGAGGAUCUUCACGCGGAAAUUGAUGUGAUGAUCCACGUGAAAGCGUGUUCUGAAGAUUCUCGCUCGGUCACGUUUGAAAGGGCCAAGUGGCAGGUACCGGAAGUUCUGGACGGAGGUGGUGAAAGAGGACCUGAGGAUGUUUGGCGCAGAAGAGCACUUCAGUUGAGUAGUAAGUUCUCGCAGGGCAUGGGAUGGUGA